AUGGGGUCUAGUAGUAGUAAAGGUGCUUCUUCUUGUAGUUCGUCUUCUUCUUGUAGUUUACGAAAGAAUCGAUCCAAGAGACAUAGAGGUUUUCCUUCUUAUUGUCUUGGAACAACUUCUGGAUCUCGUGACAGUGAUAAUGAUGAACGGGUUUGUGAUCAGAAUAAAGUAAAUGGAAGUGAUGUUACAUACACCAGCAGCAAUGAAAUUGACUCGGAUGAAGCAAAAUCAGAGUCUUUUAGAAAAGUUAAACCUGAUGAGAUACCUUGUAUGCCUUCUAACAUUGAUCUUGAUGAGUGGAGUCACACUGAAUCCAGAACCAGUAGUAUCCCAGCUCACGCUUCUUCAACUCAGUCCACGAAUUCUAUGAGUCGGUUCCUUUCUCGGUUUAGUCUCAUUCCGGGUAAUAUAAGCUUCAGACUUAGCAGAACCACCAGUUUGGGGUCAUCUCGACCUUGUCCUGAUUCUUCGCAAAGUCUUUCUAUGUUUAACAAUGAAGACGAGCUUAGUCUCCAUAAUAGAAAUCAAACUCAACAAUAUAGUGGCGGCAACGGGUCUUUUGUAAAUCCAGUCCCUAUACAGUAUCAUGGAGAUGCUUCUAAUAGUUUGAGUUCAAAUGUCCCGAUAUUCGGUUUGGCUAGCAACUUGUCGAGCAGUCCUACACUAUCUCCUCUCGAAGAUACAGUUAGAGAUGGAUAUGACGCACGAGAGAUGCUUGGCAUGAACGUGUUUUCUCCAAGAGUUAAUACCGAGGCAGCAAAUGUUAUGGAUAGACGAAAUGGAGCUCGAGAGCCUGUUGACCGCAAUGUUCGUUUCAGCCGAACUUUAAGUGUUGGAAGGCUUCGAGACAGAGUUCACCGCCGAUCAGGAUUGGCUGACUUCAACUUUUGCCCUCUGCAACAAGAGAGAGAUGCUAGCGAGGAUAGUGUAAGACAAGUAGGGGAGAGGGGUACAGGAGUGUCACCAUCUGAUCGAAACACUUUAAAUUCUCAUACUACAUCCGGAUAUCCUCUACCAAACAGGUCUAGCUCUCCAUUCAGAACCCAAGACCACGAGGUUGAGGCUUCACGGUCAAGAGAAACUAGGUAUCAGGAUCUACUAGAACAUAGGUCCAAUUUCCUUGAACGGAGAAGAAGAAUACGAUCUCAGGUUCGUGCUCUUCAGCGGUUGGGCAGCCGGUUUGAAAAUCUGUCUGGACAUGACAGAUCAUGUAUCUUGUCUGGUCAACAUAGAAAUGGUCGUUGUACAUGCAGAAUAAGUAGCCGCGAGAACAAUUCAAAUUCAAACGAUGAUACAAAUGCUAGAGCUAGCAUAUCAAGAAUAGUGAUGUUAGCUGAAGCCUUAUUCGAGGUUCUGGAUGAAAUUCACCAGCAAUCAGUGGUUUUAUCUUCCCGCCCUUCUGUAUCUUCUAUCGGAUCUGUUCCCGCGCCUGCUGAAGUUGUCGAAUCCUUACCUGUUAAAAUAUACACAAAGUCACACAAACAUCAAGAAGAACCUGUACAAUGCUAUAUAUGUCUUGUGGAGUAUGAAGAUGGAGACAGCAUGCGAGUACUUCCUUGCCAUCAUGAAUUUCAUACAACAUGUAUAGACAAGUGGCUGAAGGAGAUUCACAGGGUAUGUCCACUAUGUCGGGGAGAUAUUUGUAUAUCAGAUUCACUGCCAACAGAGAACUAA